AUGUCGGAGACUGAAAUGAAGAGACACAUGUCUGUGCUUCACCAUGAUAAGAAAGGUAUUUAAUACUUGUUAUCACUAAUCACAGUUUAGCCCUUGAUGUGAACAUCAUACAUGCUCUAGUUUAAUACUAUUGUCUUUGUUAAUUUGAAUGAAAGAUAUUUAUUAACAAAUAAAUAAUAUAAUAAAACGAAAAUUGCAAAAGACAAAGUUAAAUUAGAACAAUGUAACAUACUAUAAGCUAAAAAGUGUUGCCUCUUUAUAGGAAAAGGUUCUGGCCCAGUGCAGAAGGAACAUCAAUGCAACUUCAUAAUUAAAUCAGGUGGUAACUCGAGGAGAUGUGGUCUUGCUUUCCCGUCAAAAAACAAGUUGGCUGCCCACAAGCAACAAACAAGUCACUUGCAAAGAAAGAGAAAGAUAGGUAAUUCUUCCAAGGCCGGAGCAAGUGAGCCAAAACAGCUAAGGCUGGAAGAAACUCUCAUGAUCUUGGAAAAUGCAUCUGUUCCAGAGAGAAAUCCUGCAGAUCAUGAUCAACAAGAAGAGGAAGCUUGCAACCUAUGUACGAGUAACUUCUUUUAUAUGUUGCACUUUCGCACGUCUCUAUAGCCAUAUCCUUGCCUUUUCUCAGUAUCAUUAUGAAAGUGUUUAAUAAACUGUACAGUUAACUAUUGUACAUUCUCAUGUUUUAUUUUUCUAAAGGUCAUCAGGAAGAUGUAGAUGAAAAUAAAGAAGACAUUGAUGUUGAUGACUGG